UUGUUUUGGUUCACCCAGUGCACGUGGGGUCUGUCUGAUGCGUUCCUACUGAGAAACGUACUCGUGAGAGUACAAGUUAGGGUUGGAUGCCUUUCUUAGUAUCCUGUAUCAUAUCACGCCGUACAUUCGGAAGUAUUCAAUUUUGAUGUAACAGUCAAAGUCUAGCUAGGUGAAACACACAGGGUGAAAAACGCGUGGGUUGUUGUUUUGUUGCAUAAGCCUAUCGCUGUAUAUUUGGCGGACUAGCGAUAACAGCGCCCUCUAAAUCCUACUACGCAAUAAGAUCGCCUGUCUUUGUUUACACGCUAACAAAGCCGCCAUUGUAUGGUAACUGUCCCCGUAGUGAUUCGAUAGGAAAGCUUGUCCCCAAAUAAACUGUUGAGCAGUCUUUCUGAGUCUACGGGUAGUGUUUACUGGGUACCCAUGGGAUUGGCGAGUCUUUGUGGUGUGAUUGUUGUGAAACUCUGUUGCUGAUUCAUCAGAAUAUGGCGGGGCCAUUCGGUUCGUGCUGAGUCAUCACAUUGCACUGCGUCACAAUAUCGAACAGAAACGAAGUCCACAGGCGCAAAAUACGCAACGAGCCGAGAACUGCCGAGUCGCAUUUUUACUACGUAGAAACAAUUCUACAAGUUUUCACACGGACUGCGAAUCUAGAAGUUGGAUAUUAUUUCAGUGGAUUAUUCUAAGGAAUACGUUUAAAACAUUUGUGAAUUCUGUUUUGAAAGAAGGACAAGAAAAUGAGUAAAAAGAUUUUCAUGUCACUGGUCAAGUCGGAGACUGAGCGGGCCAACAGGGUGCCAGUAGUGGUAUCCCACAAUUCCCAGUUAUCUGAUGACGAGUUGGUUGCCAUGACGGUCAAGGAACUGAAUAGAAUAUUGAAGGGCAUGCCGCGGGAGGAGGUAGUUAAGCUCAAACAGCGGAGACGAACUCUUAAGAAUCGUGGUUAUGCUGCAAAUUGUCGCGAGAAGAGGUUAUCACAGAAAGAAGAGUUGGAGUAUGAGAAGGAUCACCUUCGUGCGGAAGUCCACAGAUUGAGGCGGGAAAACGAAGGAGUCAAAACUGAGCUUGGGUCGCUCAAGGACAAAUAUGACGCUCUCCAGAGGUUUGCCGAUGCCAACCGUAUCAAAGUGUUAACGCCGCCCCUCAUGUUCAGCCCCCCUCAUCGCCAUCACAUGGACGCCAUGAUGGUCAAGUCUGAGCCAUCGCAGGCGUAGCUUCGGCCAUGACUGACUUUCAGUCUUCUCUGUGUGUCUGUAAACGUACUGGAUUUAUUUAUUUGUAAACGUAUGUUUUUGAAAAGAUCGACUUCAAGUUCUACUUUGUUUGGUGAUACGUGGUAUGUUGUCCGUCUGUGUGUACACUAACAAUGCGACUGUGUCAAAGAUGUUUUCUUCGCUGAGUGUCUGGGAGGUCUGGACUGAUACACAAGUGUGUUCAAUGUGUUGUGUAACAUUGGAUCAGUAGUGCUGAGGUUUUACCUUUUGUCAAGGACGCCGUCUUUGUCCAGGCGACACUUUCGGUGGUCAGCUGUCAACAUCAAUAUACUAGCAAGACAAUUAAUCAGAAACAAUUUAGUGUUCUAAUCAGCUGGAAAUGGGAAUAUUAGAAACAUUUGAAAACCAAACUACUCAAAUACUGACAAGAUUUGCCUAAAAUGUUCAUGCAUUAAUGAUUUAACUGGGCAAAGGCUUACACUUCUCAAAGUCGGCGAAAAAAUAGGAUAGAAGAUGCGAAACAAAAAGGCGAACGGUGCUGUAGAAUAGAAGAUUUUUAUACGACAUAACUGGUCAUAUCAUUGAACAGAUUUUAUAUUUUGAUACCAAUAGCGUGUUCAUCCCUUAAUGAUGGUUGUGUAUUUUGAUUGUUGUGAUGUUUGGGGGCGCGGUCAGACUUGGUAAACAUGACCACGCCCAAACAUCACAGUUACAAAACAGGAGGCAGUGCAGUUCCAGCUGUAUCAUAUUUCAUCUUCAUAGGAACACGUUUGUUUUGUAGAAGUCAUGCAUCAUUAAUGUUGGUUUCGUAGGAUUUGUGAAAUGUCAGACAUACGGGAAAUCCAGUCCAUUUGUCACAUCGAAUGCCUAUAUUUUGACAAAGUGUAUAUAUAAUCAUCAUUCCAUCGAAUUGUAUUUCCAUAAUGUACUGUUAGUACUCCAACUGCUAGAUUUCACUAAGUGGUAUAUACUUUCUGUAAACCCGUAAAUCAUUGGGAUUUAUAAGUUUUUUUUCUCUUCAAAUGAUUUUUGAUUGUACAAGUUCGCCAAACGUUUUUUAUUAAGAGAAGAUUGUUUACCUUUCUCAAAAAACAAUAUCUUAAACAUUAGAAUCAGUUAAUAUUUGAUUAUAUGUAAAAGCCGUCGGUUGAAAAUAAGAGACAGUUUAUAUCUUAUUACCUCCAAAAACAGUCUGUUUAUGAUUAGAAACAGUUUCUAUUUUAAGAUAGUACACGGUAUAUUUAACUAGGGAGGUAGAUAAUGUUUGGUUUCUUUGUCUUACAGUUUGCAUCUUCUUGCCAAAACGUGUACUAUUUUACAGCCUGUCGAACGAUUGGCGUGGAUUCCCUUUACAAAAGAGUUUGAUAUGAUUUGUAAAUAUCCAAAAUCUAAAAUCUAAGACAGAGUCCAACAGAUGGAGGUAGCUGACGUGUUUCGUGUAGUGUUUGGUGUUUUGUUGUUGGACUGGACACAUGUCAUUUCUGUCGGUGUAAAGCAAUGUUGUGUACUAACUAGUUAUUGUAAGAAAGGUUUACAACGGCCACUUGGCAAAAUGGGCGUGUCCUCAUUGACACAAGGGGUUUUUUUUGCCAGAAAAGACAUUCCAGUUUAAAGCUAUGUUCAACAUUGACGGUAUUUGUAAACCAAACGGGGAAAAAGCAUGGACUAAAGGAAAGGUUCUAAGAGUGGGUUUUUUUUUGGGGGGGGAGGGGGGGGGAUAUAUAGUACAUUUAUGCUAGCCCAAUUUUACCACCUAUUUCCAUUGUCUGGUUGUUUUGUUCGAUGCCAAAUGAAUAUUGAUGUAUGAGUUUCAUUGUUUGGUUAAUCCGUUAACUAGUAUUGAAUUCAUUUCAAGAAAUGUAUCGCCAUUAUCAUUCCUGUCUUGUUUUGUUACGUUUAUGUAAGUCUCCAGACAAUAGCCUCUGCUACAGUGUGCUGCCGAACAGGAUGCCAAAACGAUCAACACUCACCAACCAGUGUGAAUCACCAAUAAUAGUGCCUAGCCCUUCACCUUCCAUAGAUGCCGGAUCAGUCCAGCCUGUCCGUGUUGGCAGGGGAGGCAGGGACUAACCCGAGGUCAUUUAUCACUAGUAUCACCAUUGAAAUGUUAGACAUUGCAAUGACCCUGUCACUACAUCACUCCGUGGUAUUCCUUUAUUGACUACAGACUGGUACAAUCUGUUAUCUCAGACGUUUAUUAUUGUUUUAAAUAAUAUUUUUGCCGUCCAUUUUCAUUAGUAUUUAGUUGACGAUACUAACACAAUUUUAGUUACUAACAAACUCUUUGUCAUACUUUGGACAAGCCAUUUAAAUUGCAAUUGCGUAAUGGUACAAUUUUAGCCGGGGUGAGUUCCGAGGUGGUGGCGGCUGUCUGCCGUCUUAGAAUCGGCCCACUGUUAGGAGACUAGUAUUGAUUGUGACGGUGAUGUCGGAGCCGUAUAACUGAUAGGAGUGUACGGUGGUUAGAGGGAGAGAACAUCGGAAUGUACUCCAACAUACCACCAAAUAGUUCACGCUCCGUAGGGUUUAUACAUAGAUCGUGUGACAGGUAAACUUCUGGGCGUAUGUUAUACACCGACCAGGUAGAGGCGUCUAUGUAGGUCCACCGAUGUCUUUGUGAAGUAAUACCGCUGAAUCAGCCAUUCCGAUAUAUAGAAGUAGUACAAUCCAGCUUUUGUUACGAAUCUGUCCGCUCAGCUAAAAACUAAACUUUGACGGCGAUGCGGAAAUGGUGACAGAUUUAGACGCGAAGUGAUCCGUAGAGAAGAG